AUGAACUCUGAAACAAAUAACCUUCUCAAUUCCGCCAAUAAGAGUAAUUAUAGCUCUGUCCCUGAGCCCGAAGAUUAUGGAUAUGUCAGUGACGGAAGAUCUGUUUCUUCAACAGAUACUUGUACAAACAGGUUCAGAUUAAUGAGUCCAGACUAUGAAAAUCCUGAAGAUCAGUAUGAGGAAAUUAUCGGAACGACAUCUAUGAGCGAAGAGAUUCGGGUUAUCUUCUCGAGUUCGGUUCCCCUUACAUUAACGUUCUUCAUGGAAUAUGCGAUGACGGUAAGCUCUCUUUUCAUUAUAGGCCAUUUUGGUUUGCCUGAAAAUCUAGCCAGUGCAUCAUUGGCAGUAAUGACGUUCAAUAUCACGGGAUUGGCAGUUAUUGAAGGAAUGGCAACAUCACUGGAUACAUUCUGUCCGCAAGCCUACGGUGCACAAAAGUUUUCCAAGGUGGGGCUGUACUUUUUGCGCUGCACGAUGAUGAUUUUUGUUACCUCGCUCCCCAUAGUUCUUCUAUGGUGGUGCAGCAAAUCAUGGCUAGUCUACGUGAUUCCCGAGCAUGAUUUGUUGGACGAAGUUCAAUUAUUCCUUCGAAUUUUAUCUUUUGGUAUUCCUGGGUUGAUAUUCUUCGAGACAGGGAAAAGGUUCGUCCAAGCACAAGGCUUUUAUGAGGCAAGUACCUGGGCUUUGGCCAUUACGGUGCCCUUAAACAUUGGGCUAAGCAUCUAUUUGACAAAAACUUUUGGAUUUUGCGGUGCCCCAACAGCGAUCGCACUUACGUACUGGAUUAUGGCCCUUAUUUUGUUAUUAUACUGUCUUUUCAUGGAACCCAGCACCUUACAAUGUUGGUAUCCGAUAAAUGCAAGUCGUUUUCAUGUCAAACGUGUCUUUUCAAAUUGGGGGCCUAUGUGCAAACUUGCGAUUCCAGGUCUGAUGAUGAUUGAGUCAGAAUAUCUCUCUUUUGAAGUCUUAACCAUCAUGUCCACUCACUUUGGUGUUGAAGCGAUUGCUGCACAGUCCGUAAUCGCCAAUUUGGGUUCUUUGAUCUAUCAAAUCCCAUUCGCCAUGGGUUGCGUCGUUUCCACCCGCGUUGCUCACUACAUCGGGAUGGAACGACUAGCAAGUGCAGCGAUAGCAGUCAAGGCUUCCUAUUUAGUCGGUGCAUCUGCUGGUAUCUUCAACUUCACGGUAUUGAUUCUCGGCAAUAAAUGGCUAGCUAGGCUUUUCACCAACGAUGAGGUCGUAAUUGAACUUGCACACCAAGUUGCGCCAAUAUUGGCUGUUAAUCAACUUUACGACGCUAUAACUACUUUCAGCGCUGCCAUUUUGCGUGGGCAAGGAAGACAAGCGGUUGGAGGUAUCUCGAACAUUAUUGCCUACUACGUCAUUGCCCUACCACUGAGUGGUUGGUUUGCCUUCGGGCCAUUGCAUUUAGAAAUCAAAGGGUUGUGGUACGGUUGUGGUAUCGGGAUCUUUCUUUUGGCCCUGACAUUAACAUUUUUUGUCUAUCGAAGCAAUUGGACAAAAAUUCUUGAAGACUUCUUAGCGAGAGAGGAAAACGAAUAUGAGGUCGACUUAAGUAGUAUCGAUACCAAUGAAUUGUGA